GAGGCAACUAAAACCAUUAUAAGUGACUGGGAAAUAACUAAAUGCACUUUGUUGGGACUUCAGUUGUUCUCUAUUGCAAUUGAACACAUUCAUUCUUUGGUUUUGUGAAGAAAAUUGUGUUUAAACUUGACAAACCACCAUAAAAACCAGUAGGGGAGUUGAUGUCAUGCUGACAUGAAGCAGUGUGAUGUUACAAUGUGGCCCUGUGCUGAACACAAUGUGUGGCCUUUGUUACUGACACAAACACACACACUCACACACGUCUCUCUAUAGAUGUGAGGACACUCAUUGACAUAAUGCAUUCCCUAACCCCCUACCCUAACCCUAACUAUCACAACUAACUUAAACCUAACUCUAACCCUCUAACACAAUUUGUGAGGACCAGCCAAAAUGUCCUCUUAACGUCGAAAAUGUCCUCACAAUGACGGUAUUGAACCAAAAUUUGCCCUCAUAACUAUAGAUAGACCUGUGCACACAAACACCGAAGAGCUUCAGCUUUGUAUGUGUGUGUGUGUGUGUGUGUGUGAGUCACUGUAAGCCACCAGACAAACAGGCUGACAUGGCACUUAUGAAUCCAACCUGCCCACCCCCCAAGUCAAAGCCUGAGGCCAGAGAAGCUGCAGCCUUCGGGCCAGUACAAUCCACAGACUUCACUGUCAGAGUGAUAGAAAGUACCAUAGUGUCUCGCUGAGGGGACCGAGCUGAGUCAGCAUUGGGGGUUAUCGCUCACCUUCAGACUCCAACAGCGAUUUCACUGGUGAACCUGGCAGACCUUUGAGCAGUGGGGAGCAGCACUGCAGUGACUUCUUUAUCAGAGAGUCAAAGGGCAAAGCAAAGAUUGAUUCACCAGUGCUCGACUCCAACUGUUGGAGUAAAACCUACUCGGCGGCUUUUGUGUAAACCCUGAACGUGGCAUGGCUCCUACCGGGGACAGUGUGGCUGUCUGGAGCUGUAAGCAGGUGGCCCAGUGGCUGCAGGAGGAAGGUUUUGGGGAGUAUGUGGAGUUAUUGUGCAGCCAGCACCGCCUGGAUGGGCCCAGCCUGCUGGCUCUGACUGAGGCUGACCUGCGGGGUCCACCACUGGGCCUGAGGGUUCUUGGAGACAUCAAGAGGUUAACCCUGGCGCUUCGCCGGCUCCAGAGACAGAACCAGGCCGAGCUGGAGGAGCUGGGCCUGCAGCAGUCAGACAGCCUCCCCUCUGGGCUCUUGUCGGGCUCGGAAGGAGGAGAGUGGGGAUGUGACGGAGCAGAGAGGAGGUAUAAUGGAGCUGAUCACUUGUUUAAUGGGACGGAGUUGCGGCUUAGGAAUGGCGACAGAUCUGGAUACGGUUUAGGAGCGACACUGUGUCAUACACACUCCAACUGGAGGUAUAGGCAGCACCUUGCUGGUAGACUGGACCCAGAGGUGUGGAAAACAGUCAUGAGUUGCAUAUAUGUGUUUUGUGUGUUCGGAUUCACGUCUGUUGUCAUGGUCUUUGUGCACGAGCGGGUCCCCGACAUGAGAACAUACCCACCACUGCCUGAUAUAUUCCUGGACAGCGUUCCCAGAAUCCCCUGGGCUUUUGCAAUGGCCGAGGCUUGUGGCCUCAUCCUGUGUUAUAUGUUUAUGUUGAUCCUGCUGCUUCACAAACACAGAUCCAUUCUCUUAAGGCGGCUGUGUUCUUUAAUAGGAACUGUGUUUCUGCUUCGUUGCUGCACCAUGUUUGUCACCUCCCUCUCCGUGCCAGGGCAGCACCUGAAGUGUUCCAGUAAGACAUACGGUGAUAUCUGGGAGAAGAUACAAAGGGCGUUAGCGAUCUGGAGUGGGUUUGGCAUGACCUUGACUGGUGUGCAAACAUGUGGAGACUACAUGUUCAGCGGACACACGGUUGUCAUAACAAUGCUCAACUUUUUUGUAACUGAAUACACGCCACGAUCCUGGAACCUGAUUCACACCAUCUCCUGGGUGCUUAACCUGUUUGGCAUCUUCUUCAUCCUGGCGGCCCACGAGCACUACUCCAUCGACGUGUUCAUCGCCUUCUACAUCACCACCCGCCUCUUCCUCUACUACCACACUCUAGCCAACACCCGUGCCUACCAACACAGCCGGCGAGCACGCAUCUGGUUCCCCAUGUUCUCCUUCUUCGAGUGCAAUGUGAAUGGACCUGUCCCAAACCAGUAUAACUGGCCAUUCAACAAACCCGCCUUCAUGAAGACUCUGAUAGGAUAGAGUAAGACGUUCAGAGAGCUAGAGCUGCUGUAUGCAUGGGCUGUAACAUUUACAGCCUGAUUUAGGAACUUUAUACUUGACAUGCUGCUUCUGAUCUUCUGCUUUACCUCAUUCACGUAAAUCUUUAUUUUGUUAAAUAAUCGGAUGUUUAAAGGAGAAGUUGGACAGUUUUUUGUCCACUCUCAUGUCUGUCUAAUAAAUAUAAAGCUAAAGCCAGCAGUUGGUUAGCUUAGUUUAGCAACACUACCCUGGCUGUUUAAAGUUAAAAAAAUGUAACUACUGGCACUAAACCUUGGUAAUAGACCAACUUGGCACUUUGACUCACUGCUGCUCCUCAAAUAAUAACCUGGCAUGAAACCUGUUGUAAAAACACAAUGUGUUGGUUUUACACUGUUAGUUUAAUGGACAUAUGCGAAAGCAGUAAGUUCUCACCUAACAAGAGCAAACUGUAAAUCUAUUCCUUUAAAAAAAAAUUCUGAGAUUAAAUUAAAUUGUACACUAUACAAA